UCUCUCUCUCUCUCUCUCUCUCUCUCUCUCUCUCUCUCUAAAUUUUGUGAUCUGAUUAUUGAGUCGACUCUCUCUCUCUCUCUCUCUGGCUUUCGUUCCACAAAUAGAGCCCUCCUCCUCCUCCUCCCAAUUCCGAACAUCGAAUCCCACUCACAUUUAGAAUUUUUGAUCUCCCGUCAGAUCUCGCCGGAGCUCCAGUGAUCUCGGGGCAGCUGCUCUUCGCUCUCUAGCCGGCCGAUCAUCGCCGUCGCAUUGAUAUGAAGCUGCUGCGGAGGCGGAGUUGCUGUUGUGGGGGAAGAUGAAGUUUUAUAUAUCCACGACGGGGAUAAAGAGGCUGACGAUAUCCAGCGCCGGCGCCGGGAAGGGAUCUCCUUCGACGGCGGCGACUCGGAGGAUUUCCGGCCGGACGGUCUUGCCGUUGUUGCUGGUGCUCGCGUUAGUUUUGCCCUUCCUUUUCGUUAGAAUUGCGUUCAUUGUCCUUGAAUCUACCACUGCUUGCUCUUCCACGCUCGACUGCGUAGGUUGGAGGUUUUUCAGCGGGAGUGACGAAUCAUUACUCAGAGAGGAGUUGACAAGAGCACUGCUGGAAGCAAAGGAUGGUAACGUAAACAAUAACGAGCAAGGGAUCGAGUCGUUUAACCAGCUGGUCCAGGAGAUGACGUUGAAGCAACAAGAUGUCAAAGCAUUCGCUUUCAAAACAAAGGCCAUGCUAUCAAGAAUGGAACACAAGGUUGAGUCAGCCAGACAGCGGGAAUUAGUUUACUGGCACUUAGCCUCACAUGGUGUGCCCAAGAGCAUACAUUGUCUUUGCCUCAAAUUAGCUGAAGAAUAUGCUGUAAAUGCAAUAGCUCGAUCUCGUUUACCUCCACCUGAAUAUAUUUCUCGACUUUCCGAUCCCUCCUUUCACCACCUUGUUCUUCUAACUGAUAAUGUCCUCGCAGCUUCUGUCGUUAUCUCAUCCACAGUCCAAAAAUCAGCCAACCCUGAAAAAUUGAUUUUCCACAUAGUGACUGACAAGAAAACUUAUACUCCUAUGCAUGCAUGGUUUGCAAUUAAUUCUUUUCAAUCAGCAGUGGUGGAAGUUAAAGGGUUACACCAAUACGACUGGUCUCAGGAAGUAAAUGUUGGAGUCAAGGAGAUGCUAGAGAUCCACCGCCAGAUUUGGAGACAUUACUAUAGAAAUUUGAAAGAUGAUGACUUUGAGUCUGAUGGAGAACAUAAAAGAUUCUUAGAAGCUCUGAGCCCCAGCUGCCUUUCCCUUAUGAACCUUCUUCGAAUUUAUAUCCCCGAGCUUUUUCCAGAUCUCAACAAGAUAGUGUUCUUGGACGAUGAUAUUGUUGUACAGCAGGAUCUAUCUUCUUUGUGGGAACUGGAUCUCAAUGGAAAUGUUGUUGGUGCAGUUGUCAACUCAUGGUGUGGUGACAACUGUUGCCCGGGAAGAACUUACAAUGACUACUUCAAUUUUUCACACCCUAUCAUUUCAUCCAACUUCAAUCAUGAUCGUUGUGCGUGGCUGUAUGGCAUGAAUGUCUUUGAUCUUGCAGCUUGGCGGCGGACCAAUAUUACAGAAACAUACCAUCAAUGGCUACAAUUUAACCAGAAGUCUGGGUUGAUAUUGUGGCAUCCAGGAAUAGUUCCGCCCGCCUUAAUUGCAUUUGAGGGUCAUGUGCAUCCUAUUGACCCACUGUGGCAUGUGGCUGGGUUAGGUUCUCGAUCCCCAGAGGUUCCCGAAGACAUAUUGGAAGCUGCUUCCGUUAUACACUUCAGUGGCCCAGCGAAGCCAUGGCUCGAGAUUGGGUUUCCAGGGGUACGAGGCUUGUGGAACAAGCAUGUAAAUUGUUCAAACAAGUUUGUUAGGAAAUGUAGAAUCAUGGGGUGAAGAGGACGAAGUCCUUUAACCCUCCGAUAUUCAUUUUGGGACAAAUCCCGAAAGCAGAGUCUGGGGAAGCAGAGGGAAGAAGGUUUCGGCUUCAGUCUCUGCUCACACUCAGCUCUGGACACUUCAGAUGGUGUUAUUUCAUGUUCAUAAAUCAUAGUAGACAAUAGCCGAAGAAGGUACGAUGCGACUAUACGAUAGAAUCAGGAUGUUCAAAUUCAACCUUCAAUGCGUAUAAGGGAUGUAAAGCUUCAUGGAUGCAUCUCUCUCUGACGUUAUUUUGUAAAUUUUACUCAGGUAACUGAAGUGCUUAGUUAAUCAGUGAUGAAACUUGUUAAUAAGGCUUAUCUACCAUAAUUGCUCAAGUUUUAGAGUAAUCUUAUUCCUGUUCUUUUUA